CUCUUUCUAGUUUUCACAAAGUGCAGAGAGUCAUUUCAGGAUGGCCGAAGGCUUGAGAAUAUAUCUUGGAGGCUAUGGCACCGUGAACUGGUUCUAGUCAUACCUGCCACCUACACCAGACUCUGUAUCUCAUCCCAAUGUAUCGUCCAAUACCCGCACCCUCGUUUAUCCCCAUUACCGACCUUGUCAAGGUAG